CAAAUAUUUUAGUUAAAGGACGGAUCUGCUAAAUACGCAAAGCUCAGGGGCUCCGCAAAAAGGUUUUCAGCCAGUUCGUUACUAAAGCCCUAGUAAACCCCAAACGGUAGCCGGCUCCUUCACCCACCCCUGACCCCAGUUUCGACGGCCGUUUCCGUUCUCCGUAGAUUAGACCUAUGACCUCUCACCACGCGGUCACCGGCGUCUCGCCGGAAUCCAUAUCCGCGUCCGGCCGAAGCUCGGAGAAGUUGAGCCUGCCGUCGCUGCAAUCGAAGAUGAAGUGCGAUCCGGAAGGCUACGAGUCGGAGUUGGCUCUGAUAUACAGCCAAUUCAAGUCGUCUUUGGAGCUCUUUGAGCAGCAAGCGGCUCUCAAUUUCACCUCCAUCAGUGGCAUCGGCACCGACCCCUCCGUCUCCAAGGACCUCGGCGACAGAGCCUCCUUCUUGGCUCACGUCACUCCUUUCUACCCUAAACACCUCUCGGAGUUCCCCAAGCAGCUCGCCGACUUGCUCCGGUCCUCCGCCGCCUCUCUCCCCUCCGGCCUUCGCGGCCACGUCGCGCAAGCUCUCAUUCUUCUCAUCAACAGGAAGAUAGUUGAUAUUGGAGAGACUCUUGCUUUGUUCGUGGAGCUACAGACUCUAGGUGACAGGAAUUUAAGAAAAUUGGCUUUCUCUCAUGUUGUUCAUAGCAUUAGGAAAAUGAAUCAGAAGCACAAGAAUGAAGCUAAUAAUCGGGCGCUACAAAACAUCAUAUUUUCGAUGUUACAGCAAGAGGAUGAAGCCAAAGCGAAGAGAGCGCUUAUCACGCUAUGUGAGCUUCACCGGAGGAAGGUGUGGUUCGAUGAACGAACUGCCAAUGCAAUCUGUACUGCAUGUUUUCAUUCAUCGUCAAGGAUUAUGAUUGCUGCACUGUCUUUUCUUCUGGAUUAUGAGAAGAUUGAAGAAGAUGAUGAAAGUGAUGCCUCGAGCAGUGAAGAUGAGAUGACUCCUCAAUCUCAAGUUGUUCUAAGUAAAGAGAGUGUUUAUAAGGCACACCAUAAAGGUACAGCUUCGAGCAAGAAGAAAAAGAAAGCCAAAUUGCAGCGUGCUAUUCGUAGCAUGAAAAAACAGCAACGCCUCUCAUCAGAAAGGACCACUUCAAAUUAUUAUUCUCCUCUGAACCAUUUGAAAGAUCCACAGGGAUUUGUUGAGAAGCUGUUUUCCCGCCUCAAGGACCCAAAAUCUGAUCAAAAGUUUGAGGUCAGGAUGAUGAUGUUGAAAGUAAUUGCUCGAACAGUUGGCCUUCACCGUCUACUAUUACUUAACUUUUAUCCCUAUCUGCAGAAAUAUGUUCAGCCUCAUCAACGCGAUGUCACGAAUUUACUUGCUGCUGCAGUUCAGGCCUGCCAUGAUAUGGUGCCUCCUGAUGCAGUGGAGCCGUUAUUUAAACAAAUAGUUAAUCAGUUUGUACAUGAUCGUUCACGUCCAGAGGCCAUUGCCGUUGGACUCAAUGUAAUUAGGGAAAUAUGCCUUCGCAUGCCUUUGUUGAUGUCGGAAGAAUUGCUGCAAGAUCUUGCGUUAUAUAAGAAAUCUCACGAGAAGGCAGUUUCAAUAGCAGCACGUUCACUUAUUGGCUUAUUUAGAGAGAUUUGCCCUUCACUUCUGGUUAAGAAAGACCGUGGGCGCCCUACUGAUCCAAAAGCAAGGCCGAAAGCAUAUGGAGAAGUCAAUGUGCUCAGCAAUGUUCCUGGGGUUGAAUUGUUAGAUCAAGAUGUUGAGGAUAGUGACGAUAUGGAUGAGCCUGCAUCCAGCGACUCUAAUGAUGAUCAUGGACAUGAGUUGGUUGCUUCCAGUGAGGAUGAAGACGAUCAGAAAUCUCCUCAUGAUUCUGGAAGUGAAGAUGAUGAUGUCAGAGAUGAUUUAGUUGCUGAAGGUGAAGAUGGUGACAAUAGUAUAGAUGACUCUGAUAGUGAUAUCAGCAUUGAUGAUGAUGACGAUGAGGAUGAGGAAGCUGAGGAAUCUGAUCAGGGGGUAGAGGAUUCUAGCGAGGAGGAGUUGUUAGAGGAAUUUGGUGAGGACGAUGAAAUGGAACAAACUGAGGAUAGAGAAACCAAGGAUGGUGAAAGUAGUCUGAAGGAUUCUAAAGCGAGGAAGAGAAAACUGUCUGAUUUUGAUAGACAACUUGUUGCUGCUGAUUCAAGUCUUCGGGCUUUGAAGAAAUUGGCUGGAGCAACAUUAGCGACUACAUCAUCUGACUCAACGGAUGGUAUUCUUUCUAAUGAGGACUUCCGAAAGAUCAAAGAAAUGAAGGCAAAGAAGGACGCAAAACUUGCCUUGGCUCAGCAUGGUUUGUUAAGAAAGGGCUCAGAUGCGAAGUCAUCAACUUUCAGUGUUCCUAGUUCCGACCAACUUAGUACCAAGCGAGUGGAUCCGACUAAGCUUGAAGCUCAUGUACGGAAAAAGCUAAGUAAGGAAGAGAGAUUGGCUUUAGUUAGGGCUGGAAGAGAGGACAGAGGGAAGUACCAGGCUCGAGCUGCAGUGAAACAAAAGAAGACGGGAGGUUUGAGCAAUCGACAGAAGGAACAUAAGAAGGCUCUUCCUCUUGCUGCAAAGAGAGCAAAGGUGGCAAAAUCGCGAAUGGAGAAAAAGAAAAAACAACAGCGUUCUGGCAAACAGUUCCGGGGAAAGAAAGCAUGGAAAUAAAUCACCAACUUACGUGAUAUUUCUUCUUUAUUGUCAUCAUUAUUAUUUAUUAAAUUUAGAAGUAAACUAAUAUGCAGUAACUUCUCCUCACAUGUACAAAAGCGGAUUCAUUUCACAAUGAACUUCAUCACAAUGUACUGUUCAAAAUUUUGGUUAAGUAUUGCUAAAG